AUGCCAAGAGAAAAGGUCUCCACAUGGAAGGACAUUGUAGCUGCCUUCCUCGACAAGUACUAUCCGCCGGGCACAAUUUUGAAGCUCAAAAGCGAGAUCUUCCAAUUCAUACAAGGUCAUGACGAACCCCUCUAUGAGGCAAAGCCCUUCUCCAAAAGUGCCCUAACCAUGGUUUUACCGUGGACCAUCAGGUGCAAAUGGAGGGUUCUUAAGGAAGUCAGGGGGUGGUCGAAAGAAAGGCAUAACCUAAAAAGGAUAGUUGCAGUUGAAGAAGCCGAGGAAAGCUCUUUUGCAAAGGAAUUGGCCGAGCUUCGAGUUAGGGUAGACCAAAUGGAUUCAUCAAGGAAGGAGGACCCGAUUCCACCAACCUCUAUUAUAGCAGUCUCUAAACCCGAAACUCCUACCCCGACAGUGGAGGAAAUCAACUACAUGCAAGGAGGCGGUUCCAAUAGAAAUUACAACAAUAAUUAUCGCCCUAACCAGGGGGGUGAAUUUAAUGUUAGCAAGGGAGGAGUAGUUGAGACACUCAAGAAGGAGGAAAAUUAUGAACAAGGGAUCACAAGGAUCUUGGAGAUAAUCGCGCAAGACAGGAAGGUUAAUGACACCAAGAUCGGAGUGGUCGAAGCUAGAAUAAACAACCUCGAGCAGGAAAUGAACACGAUCUCAACUGCCAUAGCCAACAUCAACACGCAAAUGGAGCAAAUCCAAAAGAAGUUAGAUGAGGACAGGGCAAAGGCAGCCGCAGCAGUGGACGGCGUCAACAAAAAGUGGGUGGGAAAGCAGAAAACUGGAGACUGCCCAGUCGCCGGCGGACCACCGCACACCACGCGGCGGACCGCCACUGAAGCACAGAAUGAAGUCUGCCCAGCCGCCACAGAGAAGGCAGAAGCACCCGCUCAGCAGGGACUCGAAAUAUCCAGGUACGCAAAGCUACUAAGGGAGGCGGUGAUGAGGAAGAGAAAGCCAACAAAAGCCGACCUUAAGUUACCACAUCAUUGCAGCGAGAUCAUCCAAAAGGAGAAGGCAGUGAAGCAGAGAGAUCCAAGCCAAAUCAUUAUCCGAUGCCGGAUUGGAGAGGGAAAGGUUGACAAGCCCCUAUGCGAUCUAGGAUCUUCCAUCAAUCUCAUGCCGCUGAAGUACUACGAAAAGCUCAACAUCGGGCCACUCAAAACUUCAGACGUAACACUCAGGUUGGCCGAUAACUCGACCAUAAAAACUUUUGGUAUGAUUGAGGAUGUCUUAGUGAAAAUAGAUGAUUUCAUUUUCCCCGCCGAUUUUAUUGUGCUUGACAUGGAAGUAGACAAGAACGUCCCUCUAUUCUUAAGGAGACUUGCCACUUGCAAAGCUUUGAUUGAUGUAGGUCGUGGCGAGAUCACAAUUAGCGACAACCAUAGUCAAUCCACCUAUAAGAUCGAAAGCGAGAUGCUCAAGUUUGAGGAAGCAAAGCGGGCAAAGAUGGAACAACAGUGUAGGGCAGUCAUGAUCACGGAUUUGACCAAACCUCAAGACCCCUUUGAAGUGAAGGAUCCUACUACCUCCACUAUUUACAAUGUCAACAAGGUAAGACGUUCUCCAAAAAAGGACGAUACUAAUCCCUCCACCUCUAUCCCGCAGAAAAAGAAGCAAAAGAGGAAGAAGGCAACCAAGGAGGACCCCGAGAUUUAUGUUAUCAAAACAAAUAAGGGGAAAUACAAGUGGUGGAAGAAGCUAGGGACCAAGUUGCUCCCUAUGCCCAUUUUCAACACUCGGGUCGCUGAUCCGCCCAAUUAG